GUUCGGCUGCUGACUUUUAAUGACGAGAACGAUAACAACAAGCUGGAGGGUGUUCAUUUGAAUUUACCAAGAGAACUGCCGUUACCACAAGAGCCAGCAAUGGUGGAAAAGGCUGAGGUGAUGGUGGCUGAUCAGUCCAUGCAGCUGGCUGUGGCGAAGGACUUUGUGAACACUGGUGCUUCAUCGUCGACCUCGAAUGCGCCGGACACUCAGGUGCUAUUAUUACACGACGUCGGCCUUCGCCUCGGCAGGAUUUUCCUCGAAUGGGCCGGCGACACUAUGAAGCAGUCCCUCGUGACUGCUGCCGCCAGAUCCACAGCCAACCAGGCAAUCGUCGGGGCAGGUGUUGACCUGGCCGGGAGGCUGGUGGAUGCGAUUGUGGCUUGAGUGCGGAGAGAGGAUAGAGCGAGGUACAGAGGGAGAGAGAAAGCACCACACGCGGCAUUUUACUUGUUAGGUCUGAGUGACUGAGACGGAUGCACUAGAUCGUGCCUGGGAUAUGCGACGACACUGAGUGAACCAGUUGCUUCUUCCGAGGGAGGUUAGCCUGGAUUGAGUUGGAGGUGGGUGGUGAUAAUGGUGGCCUGCACAACGUGCUCGCUGAGCAGCAUUCCAUAAUGCAGCAGGAAUGGACAUGUAUAAAAGAACUAGCGAGAACAUGCUGUUUUCCAAG